GAUGUUGAAGUGUAAUCCUGACUGGACUACACAAAACUAGUUUCCAAACCCUUUCACUUUCGAAUUCUUUGUAACGUACAAGGAAAUGAUCUUGGACGGAUUGUCACUAACCUUCGUUAUUUUGGAAAACUAAACUUGUAAAAUACAGAUUAUACUUAAAGUAGAGGUGUUAUACAAGUAGCCUAUGAUACAGAAUGGCUCUUUUUGAUGUAAGCGGGUUUAAGUCUUAUUCUGAACUUCGACGACAGAUUCUUCCGACCGGACAGACGCAUCUCAUCGACCGAACCAACCACUACAAUUUCGGGGCCCAGACUCAAGAGUUUGCUGUACCUUCGGGUGUAGAUGUGAGUAUCCUUCAGCAGGUUUUCAUAAUAAAUAAAUACACUAAAUCCUAUCCGGUAAAGUUGCUGAAAGCUGAGGCAUCACGCGGUGUUUGGUGCCCUUUUACGCGUCUGUGGUUUUCAGCGUUAAAUGCGUUUUGCUUCUUUUUUCUCAUACAUGCAUUUUCCUAACUUUGUACAAGCUAUCGUCAAACAGUGUGGAGUCAUAUUAUAUGCUUUACUCCCGCUUUAUCUUGAUCAGAAACUCUUAAAACGCUGUUGUAGCAUCGUGCGUAAUGCUGAGUCGCUUUCUGUGGUGUCAUUCUAGCCCUCAGGGUUCCUGAAGUCCUGCAGCCGUGAUGGAGGGGUGUGCAUUGAAUUGAACCACGGUACGACCACUUUGGCCUUCAAGUUCAGACAUGGAGUCAUCGUAGCUGUGGACUCAAGGGCCUCAGCUGGACGUUAUCUUGGUAAAAUGUUUAACACCUCUUCUCCCCACAAUUAAGUGAUUAGAAAAGGUAUGACUGCAAUAAGUCAGUGAAAGGUGCCAUACUACUACUACUACUCUACUACUACAUACUACUUUAAAUAUGUAGUAUAUAAUAUACAAAGCAAGACCCUAAACUCUGAAACAAUAAAUAAGUUAAAGAGGAGUGCUAGACUAACAAAUGUGGUAACCAUGGUCAGAAAACACUUAAUAUGCCAAUAAGUGCCUCUGCACUGAGCCUUACAGGCGACACUAGGGGAGGAGGAAUGGGGAAGGUAUGGGACAAAAAAGAAAAAAAAAGAAAGUCUUUACCCAAAGGCAGAAACAUAUAAUACCGAUUAUCUUCAUCAAACUGCGAUGCAGCAGAAUGAUAACUUUAAUUCUCUACUUGUUUUUUUUCUGUUGUAGCCCAUAGUUAAUUAAUUAAUCGGUCAAUGUUCUUACCUUAAUGCAGCAGCAUCCUUCGCGGGGUCUUUGUGUCAUAUUUCUCAACUAUUUCCUCCGGUUUAAUCCUCUUCAUACUUGUCCUCACACACUUGCACACACAAUUCCGUGUGUUUAAUCAUUUUUCCUUAAUAUUUCUCCAGGCACUGACCCCAAAAGUAAAGGCCUCUUGGUCCCAGAACAUGGCAUCAUCUACCUGCAUGAAUACGUCUUGAAAUAUUCAGAGCUAAAAGCUCUCUUCUGUUUACCAAAGUUAUUUCUGAGGUACUCUAGUAAAAUCAGCAGCGCAGAACUGCGAUCCUUUGUCCCCAAAUCUGACGGGCAACAGGUGUCUGGAGGUAGGCCGGUGACUGGAGGGCUGUGGCCGGUGUCCGGGGGGAGGCAGCCGGCAGUGGCUGGAGGGUGGGGGCCAGAGCCGGGAACGCGGCAGCCGGUCGUGGAAGCAUCGUGGUCGGCUUACGUGCUGCUCAUAGUGUCCUCUUGCAUGGGACUCUUGGAUUCUUUAAUUUUGACACUGUAAAAAAUUCUAAUGUCCGUUUUACCCGGUACGACAUAUUUCUUUUAAUGUUGCUGGACUGUCGGUGUCUAGCAUAGCUAGCGAGGCAGAGGCUAAGGUUAGCUUCAAUGCUGCGUUUUAGCUACGUCGUGUGUACGUAAUGACGCAGUUAACCAAGAAGAAAAAAAAAUACAACAUAAAUAACAACUUUAAAAAGUGUUUUAAUGUAUUUCCCAUCUCUUUCUAAAAUAGUAUUUAAAAAAAUAUGUUUUUUUUUGUUAUAUAUUUUUUUUUUCUGUGACGAUUUAGGGGAAGCUAAGCCUCCCAUAGCCUAAUUAUAGCGCCCCCUAUGGUUGUAGCUACGCCGUGUGUUCCUAAUGACACAGGUAACCAAUAAGAAAAUUUGUUUAAAAAUCAAGAUAAAUAAUACCUUAAAUUAUUUAAAAAUGCAUUUUCCACCUCUUUCUAAAAUAAUUUAUUUUUUAAAAGAACUAUUUUAUUUUUGUGAUGAUUUUAUUUUAUUAUCUGUAAUAAUUUAGGGGAAGCUAAGCCUCCCUUAGCCUAUUAAUAGCGCCCCCUAUGGUUGUAGCUACGCCGUGUGUACGUAAUGACACAGGUAACCAAUAAGAAAAUUUAAAAAACAUCAAUAUAAACAAUACCUUCAAAAUGUUUUAGUCUAUUUCCCACCUCUUUCUAAAAUAGUAUUCGAAAAAACAUUAUUUUAUCAUUUUAUUUUAUUCUAUUUUAUCUAGCCUAUUAAUAGCGCGUCCUAUGCUGGGCCUCUUCAGGUGUAAUCAUACCUCGACUUUGAUCUUGGUCACUAAAUGUCUCCUUUUCUCAAAUAUGUCACCUACAGCAUCCAAUGAUGUCAACAAGGUCAUAGAGAUCAACCCCUACCUGCUGGGCACCAUGUCAGGCAGUGCUGCAGACUGCCAGUACUGGGAGAGACUGCUGGCUAAAGAGUGCAGGUCUGUCACUGUGUUUUAAAAGCAUGUCACUGUCAUUUAAAGGGAUAUUCCAGCGUAAAAUUAAGUUAGGGUCAAACACACCUUUACACUGAGUUAGACACCCCCUUGAGAGAUGAAUGUUGCCAACGGCUUGCUUCUCUAGUUAUACCAACUUUAGUAACGACCACACGAUAGCAAUAUACAGUGGUCUAGGGAGCCACGCGCACUCCUCAACCACUCUAUAGCCACAAAUAACUACCUAACUUUAUCAACAGUACAUAUAGGGUCCCAGCCACAGCACUAGUCGCCAAAAUCUUUUUAGCUUUGCCUGAUUUCUUUAUCAAAGAGACUAAAACACAACUCACCUACUCUCUUCCUGCAGCCGCUUGUUUGUAGGGAGAGCUCAGACAGGUCCAUCACUGACAGCAGUGGGGUGAUGCAGCUCAAGGAAGAACAUUCAUGAUCUUUUCUCCAUGGAAAUGCAACCAGAUCGAGACGCUUAGGCAGAAGAACUACCGCGUCUGCAGUGCAAAAUGAUUAAUAUGAUGUUUAUUACUUCAAGGAAAUGAUAAAGUAAUGAUCAUCAAGUGUUCCUCCUUGAGCUGUGUCAUCCCGAUGUUGUUGGUCAUGGACUUGUCAAGGUCUCCCUACAAACAAGCAGCUGCUGGAAGAGAGUAGGUGAGUUGUGUUUAGUCUCUUUGCUCAAGAAAUCAGGCAAAGCAAAUAAGACCCUAAAUUAAUUUAAUGCUGGAAUAUCCCUUUAACUGGACUGCAUGUGUAUCUAUAUAAUUGUUGAUAAAUAAUAUACUUAAAAAGAAACAACUUUUACACUGUAUUUAUAAUUAAAUGACACAAGAAUUUCUGUGCUCACCUUGUUUAAUUAUGACUGUUUGGUCCAGGCUGUACAGACUGAGAAACAAUCACAGGAUCUCUGUGGCUGCUGCCUCCAAGCUGCUGUCCAACAUGAUGCUGGGCUACAGAGGCAUGGGUCUCUCUAUGGGAAGCAUGAUCUGUGGAUGGGACAAAGAGGUGAGCUGUUCUCCAGUUGAGGCCUGAACAUUUUUAUCACUUGGUGUGAAGAAAUGAAGUAAUUUCAGAGCUUCUGCUUGUGUUUGCAAACUCUUGUUAUUUCAUCUAAGAGUCAAGGUUAAGCGCUGUUAUUUCUUAAACAAUACACUAAAAACAUGGUAUAAGGUCAGUUGCAAUUUAAUAUUGCUACACAUAAGUGGGAAGGUUCUGUUGUUGUUUUUUGUAUCAGUUUGUAGGAAUUUUGCUGCAUAUUCAAAACAAUUUCUCUUCACCCAUCACCAUGACUGUGUUCUCUUCAGGGUCCUGGUCUGUACUACGUUGAUGAUAAUGGGACCCGUCUGUCUGGACGUAUGUUCUCUACCGGCUGUGGGAACAGCUAUGCCUACGGUGUGGUGGACAGCGGUUACAGAGAAGACAUGACAGUGGAGGAGGCGUAUGAGCUGGGCCGACGGGGCAUCGCUCACGCUACACACAGAGAUGCUUACUCAGGAGGGGUGGUCAACAGUGAGUAUACUCCAAGAAUGUCCUCUGAUUAUGUCUGAGGUUUAGUACAUACAGUAGGUGUACCUUGUGGCUUUUAGACACAAGUCAUGAUAUAUUGCUGAUUUAAAUGAACUUGCAAACAUCCACCAAGUAUCAAAACAACAUAAAGAGAAGAAAUCUCCACAUCCAUCCCCAUGAAAUAAAAUUACACUAUUACUGACAGUCACCUUUACAAUCUGUGUGUGUGUGUGUGUGUAGUGUACCACAUGCAAGAGGAUGGCUGGAUCAAGGUGUGUAAGGAGGACGUAUCAGAGUUGAUCCAUCGCUACAGGAAGGGGAUGUUCUGAGAUCAACUUCUCCAGCAAGAUCAUAAAUAUCUGCAGUCUGUUCACGACCAAAUUAAACAUUUCUGUUCACAGUGACCCUUUUUUUAAAUACUUGGUUUUUAAAAUGGGUUAACAUUGUUUGUGAGUUAAGUUUCAUUUAUCAACUUGUAUCUGGUAAAUGUCAUCCAUGACCAAUCUGUUAAGACUGUUGUUGUUCACGCUGAUAUUGUUGCUCUCCACCCUUACAUUGUUCAACUUGGUAAUUUUUGGUUUGUGCUGACCAGACAUCCCUAAACCAUAAAGCUCCUAAUAAAAACUGUAGUUCAACCUUC